AUGGCUUCCCUGGGAUCCUCUGUGAAUAGACCGACCAACGUCAAGGUCAGGGACGAAAAUAUCGAGUCCAAGCUCCAGCUUUACGCCAUCUACAGUGCCUUCAAGGCUGGCAAGGUCCCCUCGAACGAACAAAUCGACAUCACCCUCAACAGCUUCCUCGAGUCCAAGGCCCUCAAGUCUCCCUCCGGCAAGCUCUCCACUGAGGGCCAGGCUCUCGUGGCCGAUGCUCGCGAAGUUGUGAGGCUCGCCAAGUAUCUGUUCCUGUCCAAGAACGAGGGCAACCUCUUGCAAGACUUCAUCUGGGAGACCGAGCAGUUCAAGCCUAGUGCGAUAAGCACCCCCGGCGCUCCCGUCGACAAGGCGACUGCUCAGCAGCACGGCGACCAGGCCCUCCAGGGUCUGCGAACCGUCGGAACUCUCCUCAUCACCAAUGGACAGUUCCGAAAACUCCUCAAGGACUUCACCGUCCUCUUCCGUGAUGUCGCCGGCGAUGCCGCCAGCAACGUUGCCGGCCGCGUCCGACCUUCUGAGGACCAGCUCAACCAGGUGGACAUGCCCGCUCAGGAUCACACCUGGCACGAGAAGCCCGACUUUUCCAAGGACACCCUGAGGGAGAAGGCCCGAGGAACUUACGGCGGAAAGCCCAAGGAGGACCUCAAGGAUACCGCCGCCGCUGCCGCUAACGCCGCUAACCCUACCGGCUCCACCAGGCCCGGCGAUGUUAAUGCCCAGGCCGGCGCUUCCACUGGACGAUCGCGAAAGGUCAAGCAGCGCAACGACGAAUACCGCCGCCGCACUCGCGAGUACUUUAACCAGAAGAUUCCCCAGGAGCGCAAGGAGCAGACCAUCUGGCGUCUCAAGAAGAUGGUUCUCGAGUGCCAGCAGCAUCCCGACUACUCCCGCGCCGUCGAGACCAUUCUCGAUCUCGCCGGGGAGUAUGGCCGUCACGGCCGCACCGUCGCCCAGGGCGGCACCGGCACUCGACCCCUCUGGAACUCCAUUCAGAGCCUCUACGACGCCGCCCAGCGCGACGAUGAGCUCCGCAACUGGUUCAGCCGCAUGGAUAGUUACAUCCGCCGCUGCCUCCUCCAGGAGGGCUACAUCUUGGACGAGUCUUCCAACCAGGAGUGGGAUCAGCUCUACGAUCACGGCCGCUACCUCCUCCGCGACAAGUACCGCCCCAACACGGACCGCAUCAUCAACGAGACCAAGUUCCUCUCUGACCAGUUCGACAAGGACGCCCAGAACAAGGAGUUUGGCCUUGCCGUCCAGCGCCUCUUCCAGCACCUCGGAAACGAUGAGAACGGCAAGCCUACCUUCAAGCCCCAUCUCAUCAAGGAUCUCACCGAGGUCAUCAUCCCCUCUGCUGUCGAUGCCGUCAUCGAAAACCUCAUCAUCGAGGCCGACAACAUCUUCCCCAACAACAUUGAGCUCAAGAGCAACCACUACUUCAAGAUGGGCCGCAAGAAGAUUUCCAACGACCAGCACCAGGUCUUUGACGUCCGCGUCGGCGGCAUCCAGAUGGAUCUCCGCGAUGUAAACUACUACAUCCACCGCAAGACCGGGUUCCCCUCCGUCAAGGAUACUGGCGUUGCCAACAUCUUCCUCGGCGGUACCGGGUUGACCUUUGAGCUCGCCGUCUCGACCCCCAAGAAGCAUGACCGACAGAGGUUCUUCAAGGUUGACAAUGUCGACGUCGACAUCCGCAACCUCAAGGUCAAGCUCGUCAAGUCCAAGUACAAGCUCGUCUUCUCGCUCCUCCAGAGCAUCCUCCUCAAGGUGAUGCGCCCCGCCAUCCAGAAGGUGGUCGAGAAGAGCAUCAAGGACCAGUUCAGCAAGUGGGACAAGAUCAUGUACGAGAUCCAGAAGGACGCCAAGACCACCCUCGAGGAUGAGCGUGCUCGCAUCGAGUCCGAGGAAGGCGGCAAGAAGUCCAACAUGUACAGCCGCUACCUCAACUCGGCCAAGAAGUACAAGAACCAGAAGAAGGCCGAGGCCAAGACCGAGGCCCAGCGCAAGGCUGCCCAGGCCACCGCCGGCAAGAAGUUCAACAUUGCCUACACCAUGCACGACAGCAUCUUCCCCGACAUCAAGCUCUCCGACGCUACCAGCACCCGCGCCACCAAGUACAAGGACAUGGCGCUCCAGGGCGAGAAGUGGGAGAGCCCCGUCUUCUCCAUUGGCCAUGCUAGCACCAGCAAGGACAUUCCCCGCGCCCCCAAGAUCGAGGAGAAGCUCGAUCAGAAGAGGAUCCACGAGCAGAGCAAGUUCCAGGAGGAGGAGCGCCUCCGCAACCUCCAGAGCCAGCAGCAGCAGCAGCCUGGUGUUGGUAACCUCGCCUACACCCAGCCCGGCGCCGGUGCUCUCUACAGCCAGCAGCAGCAACAGCAGCAGCAGCAACAGCAACCCGGCCUCGGCGCCUACGGCCAGCCCCUCGGAGCCGGUAACCUCGCCCAGCAGCCCGGCGCUGGCGGCUACGGUGAAUACCCCACCGGUGCCACCGAUCGCGGUAACCAAGUUAUUGGUUCCGCGCCCCUUGGCAACGUUGGCAACAUCGAGAAGGAGAGGCUUGGUACCGGCAACGGCAACGGCAACGGCGUCGGCCACGGUCACGGUCACGGCAAUGGCCUCGCCGGAAACGGCUACGGCAACUUCCAGGAAAAGGUUGGCGAGUUUGGCACGGGCUUGAAGAUUGACCCCAACUCCAACUGCAACACCGGUGCUCAGUACGAGAACGGUAAUGCCGGUCUCCGCCAGACUGCCGAAUUCCCCGGCACCGGCGGCACUACUGCCCCAGUCGCCAACCCCCAGAUUAACCGCAUUUACUAA